AUGUUCGAAAUCAACAACCACUGGAGGGUCAACCAUCACUACUGGAUCAAUAACUGGUGGAUCAACAACAACUGGAGCAUCAUCAUCAACAACACAAGAAACUAUUACAACAACUACCAGUUCUCCAACAACUACUGCUGGAUUAUCAACCACCACUGGAGGUUCAACCAUCACUACUGGAUCAACAAUUGGUGGAUCAACAACCAUAGGAGGAACAAUCACCACUGGAGGUUCAACCAUCACUACUGGACCAACAACUGGUGGAUCAACAACAACUGGAGGAUCAACAACCACUGGAGGAUCAACAACUACUGCAGUACCAACAACCACUGGAGGAUCAACAACCACUGGAGGAUCAACAACCACUGGAGAAUCAACAACCACUGCAGUACCAACAACCACUGGAGGAUCAACAACCACUGGAGGAUCAACAACCACUGGAGGAUCAACAACCACUGGAGGAUCAACAACCACUGCAGUACAAACAACCACUGCAGUACCAACAACCACUGGAGGAUCAACAACCACUGCAGUACCAACAACCACUGGAGGAUCAACAACCACUGGAGGAUCAACAACCACUGCAGUACAAACAACCACUGCAGUUCCAACAACCACUGGAGGAUCAACAACCACUGCAGUACCAACAAACACUGGUGGAUCAACAACAACUGCAGGAUCAACAACCACUGGAGGAUCAACAACUACUGCAGUACCAAGAAUCACUGGAGGAUCAACAACAACUGGAGGAUCAACAACCACUGGAGAAUCAACAACCACUGCAGUACAAACAACCACUGGAGCAUCAACAUCCACAGGAGGACAAACAACCACUGGAGGAUCAAUAAGCACUGGAGGAUUAUCAACCACUGGAGGGUCAACAACCACUGGAGGACAAACAACCACUGGAGGAUCAACAACCACUGCAGUACCAACAACCACUGGAGGAUCAACAACCACUGGAGGAUCAACAACCACUGGAGGAUCAACAACCACUGCAGUUCCAACAACCACUGGAGGAUCAACAACCACUGCAGUACAAACAACCACUGGAGCAUCAACAACCACAGCAAGGUCGACAACUACAGGAGGAUCAACAACCACUGGAGGAUCAACAACAACUGGAGGAUCAACAACCACAGGGGGAUCAACAACCACAGGAGGAGCCAUAUCGACUGCAGGAUCAACAUUCACUGGAGGAUCAACAACCACUGGAGGAUCAACAACAACUGCAGGAUCAACAACCACUGGAGGGUCGACAACCACUGGAGGAUCAACAAUGACUGCAGGAUCAACAACCACUGGAGGAUCAACAAGCACUGGAGGAUCAACAACCACUGGAGUGUCAAGAACCAAUGGAGUAUCAACAACAGUUGGAGGAUCAACAACCACUGCAGUACCAACAACCACUGGAAAAUCAACAACCACUGGAGAAUCAACAACCACUGGAGGAACAACAUCUACUGGAGUAUCAACAACAGCUGGAGGAUCAACAACCACUUCAGUACCAACAACCACUGGAGGAUCAACAACCACUUCAGUACCAACAACCACUGGAGGAUCAACAACCACUGCAGAAUCAACAUCUACUGGAGUAUCAACAACAGCUGGAGGAUCAACAACCACUUCAGUACCAACAACCACUGGAGGAUCAACAACCACUGGAGGAUCAACAACCACUGGAGGGUCGACCACCACUGGAGGAUCAACAACCACUGCAGUACCAACAACCACUGGAGAAUCAACAACCACUGGAGGAUCAACAACAACUGCAGUACCAACAACCACUGCAGGAUCAACAACCACUGGAGUAUCAACAAGCACUGGCGUAUCAACAACAGUUGGAGGAUCAACAACCACUGCAGUACCAACAACCGCUGCAGUACCAACAACCACUGGAGAAUCAACAACCACUGGAGGAUCUACAACAACUGCAGUACCAACAACCACUGCAGGAUCAACAACCACUGAAGGAUCAACACGCACUGGAGGAUCAACAACCACUGGAGUAUCAACAAGCACUAGAGGAUCAACAACCGCUGGACGAUCGACAACCAA